AUGGAAGAAGAACAAGGAAAUAUCAAGGCACACAGGCAGGACGUGGUGGCUCGUAGACGGGAUCGAAAUCCAGGGAUGGUCGACGAGGUUUCGUGUGAGUGUGUCGGUGAAGGUCUAGCUAGAGAAGCGCCACAAACGGGACCACUUGGCGCGCUCGCUCCCCCAGCGCAUCCAAACCUGUCAGCCAGGAAGCCUGAGAACCCCUGCUGGGCUUUUUCUGUCAACUUCUUUAAGGCCGCAAAACGGUUGAAAGCCAGCAAAGAGAUGGACGGAAGGGAUAGAGACAGAGUGACAGAGACAGAGAUAUAUUAUACGAUGUCAUCAUGA